GCCGUCUAGGUAGGGGGGCGGGGGGAGGGAGCCGCGAAGCUUUGAGCUUCCUUCCUCUCUUCCUCUCCUUCACUGUCGCUCAGGCAUUGGCUGGGCGACCAGGCCGCGUCCCCCCCAUUGGGGGGGGAGGGGGCCAUUGUUAUGGAGACAGGUUCUGGGGAUCACCCAUCUCCGCCACCUCGACCUAAUGCCUCUCAUUCAGUUCUUCAUGUUCUCAAGCGGAUGGCUCCAGCUCCUGUGGCAUUAGAAGUGACUACAAACAGCAAGCCAGCUUCGCCCCUGGCAACGGCCAAUGCAGUAACAAUGGACGCUGUGGAAGCCACUGUGCCAACUGGUACUACCCCGGCAGCACCUUGCAUUGCUACAGAGGUGACAUUAACCACGAUGAUUGCAGAGAUGACUCUUGAGGCCAACAAUAGUGGAAGUGUGGCAGAUCCUGGACAGAUGAUGUCUGAUACCUUAGCAAUGGAUGCAAUUCCACUAGGAGAUGGAUUUUCAGCAGAUAUAGUUUCUGUGGUCAAUUCGGUGACUCCUGUAAUUGCUAAAGCUACAGUAAAUGACGGCAGGAUGAUGUCAUCAUCAGUGGCUUUGCCAAAAGAUGCAGUAGUGAAAUCACUACCAGUUCCACCAGCUUCGCCAGCAGUGGUAGUGGUGGCCCCAAGUCCUAUGACCCCACCGGAGAAGACUUCACCAACAACUCCAGAGGGUUUGGCACCUCAUGAUUUUUCCAUUCCUCAACCACUUCAAGACAUGGGUUCCCAGUCUAGUCUGGGCACUACUGCAUCUAGGGUCCCUCCAGCUUCUGAUACUUUGAGCUAUUUAGAUUCUGUUAGUCUCAUGUCAGGCACAUUGGAGUCACUGACUGGUCCUGGAUUCCUUGAUGAUGCUAGCUCCCUGGGGUCAGAUUCUGAAAUCAAUGGACUUGCAUACCGUAAGACUGACAAAUAUGGCUUCCUAGGGGGCAGCCAGUAUUCUAUUACACUGGAAAGCGCCAUCCCUGUGGAUGUGGCCAGGCAGAGGGAACUUAAGUGGCUGGACAUGUUUUCCCAUUGGGACAAAUGGCUGUCACGUAGAUUCCAGAAGGUGAAAUUGCGCUGCCGGAAGGGGAUUCCCUCUUCUCUCCGUGCCAAAGCAUGGCAGCUACUCUCAAAUAGCAAGGAACUUUUGGAUCAAAAUCAGGGCAAAUUUGAGGAAUUGGAGCGUCAGCCCGGUGAUCCAAAGUGGCUUGAUGUGAUUGAGAAGGACCUCCACAGGCAGUUCCCUUUCCAUGAGAUGUUUGCAGCUCGGGGAGGCCAUGGGCAGCAGGACCUCUAUCGCAUCCUGAAAGCCUACACCAUCUACCGGCCAGAAGAAGGUUACUGCCAAGCACAAGCACCUGUGGCUGCAGUUUUGUUGAUGCAUAUGCCCGCAGAGCAAGCUUUCUGGUGCCUGGUGCAAAUCUGUGAGAAAUAUCUUCCUGGUUACUACAGUGCUGGCUUGGAGGCAAUCCAGUUAGAUGGGGAGAUCUUCUUUGCGCUACUCCGACGAGCAUCUCCCAUUGCCUAUCGUCACCUGAAGAGAUAUAAGAUUGACCCCAUCUUGUAUAUGACGGAAUGGUUUAUGUGCAUCUUCUCCCGGACCUUGCCUUGGUGCUCUGUGUUACGCGUGUGGGAUAUGUUCUUCUGCGAAGGAGUGAAGAUAGUUUUCCGAGUGGGCUUGGUGCUACUCCGGAAUACCUUGGGCACGGUGGACAAGUUGCGGUCUUGCCAAGGCAUGUAUGAGACAAUGGAGAAGUUGCGGAACCUCCCUGUUCAGACCAUGCAAGAAGAAUACUUGGUCCAUGAGGUGAUUAAUCUUCCAGUUACUGAAGCCCUCAUAGAGCGAGAGAAUACCACCCAGCUGAAGAAAUGGCGGGAAACUCGGGGGGAGGCUAGUACCAAGCCCUCCCGCCGACUCCAUGGCUCACGAGCAAUCCAUGAGGAGCGCUACCGUAUGAACCCACCCCUGACUGCUAGUGCCAGCCUCUUGAGCCUCACAGGGCUGAAGCAGAGGGUUGCUCUGGGCAGCAUCAGUGGUCCUUCCUUCUCCCCAGUUCAUUCCAUAGGUUCCUUGGCUGAGCCUCCUGCACCUUCCCCAGUCCCUUCUGCUGCCCAGAAUCAGGUGGUGGUAUCCGAGGGCCUUCAUGCCGCCCUGCCCUCUCCUACUGGGAACAACACACCCUUAGGCGGCCCUAAGAAAACAGGGAGCAGCAGCAACAAAGCAGAGAAGCGGAAAGAAAAAGAACGGGAGAAGCAAGCAAAGAUAGAAAAGGAGAAGCAGAAGCUGCAGAAGGAGCGGGAGAAGAAGCUGCAGAAGGAACGGGAGAAGCAGGAAAAGGAGAGGGAGAAACAAGAAAAGGAGCGGGAGAAGAAGCAGCAGAAAGAACGAACCAAAGAGGAAGCCAAGCUAAAGAAAGAGAAGAAACUAUCUUUGAGGAAAAAAGAAUCCAAAUCAGCCACCGAAGAAGGAAGAGAUGGGGAAACCCCUGGGGGGUCAGUGCUCCAAGACACUUACUUUUGAAUAAUGCUAAGGGAUGGGACAAUGCAAGUCUGGACAACUCCCAAGGACCAAGAAGAUGGUUGCCACUUAGAGACAUAUUGUGGUUGAAGGACCCAAAGGACUGCAGGAGGUACACCAAGGAGAAUCACUAUAGUACACUGAAUCCCCAAACUUAGGGUCAUAGAGGGUUGGAGGAUAAUUAUCUAGAUUCCAUGGAUUUACCUCUUUUGAGUGCCUGAGGUGGGUUUGAGUCCCCCAUCCUGCUCUCCUCUCCCUUAACAACCAGGGAGAAAUGGUCCAUGAUAGCUGCUGUGCUCUGUGCGUGGAUACAGAAGAUGGUGGCCCCGUGUGAAUUUCACCACAACCAACAGGUGCAGCUGCACAACCCUCCUCCGUCCCCUCCAAGCUUGGAGUCUAACCAAGGAAGUAAUUGCAUUAUUAACAAGUACUUUGUAUAGAACCAUCUCCCCUUAAAACCAUUUAACCACUCCAGGUAUGACAUCACCUCCUUCCAGAGAAGCAACGUGUGGACUCCCCCCCAAUCUUCCAACAGAUUAACAAACUCUUCUGCCAUUGCAAGGUGGAUUGGCCCUUUUAACUCUGUUGCAUAUUUUUUCCCAGUUCGCCUCAACCUGAUGGGCUCCACAAGGCACUUAGGAAAAAUCCCAUAUAGAUAUGUACCUGCCCGCCGCCUCCUCCCCGUUGCAUGGCUUCCUACAGUAGCGGCCUUGUUUCCUGACCAAAUCGCCUCUAUUUUCAGAACCAUUUGAUGAUAGGCAGAUGUGGAACCAGGGUGACUUUCUCCAGCUUGGACAUUCAGGAAAGGGGAAGCUUGGGCCUGUGGACUUUUUUUCUGCCCUACAACAAUGUGUGAAAACUGGGGUGGGAGAUUUGAAGCCACUUGCACGCUUGGCCACUUGGCUGUUCCUAGAUAAGGGAUUCCUAGCAGUCAACAAGGAAAAAAAAACCCUGAGUUUCUAGAAAAGUUUGCUGGGUUGGCUCAGAAAAGAGGAGUAAUUAGAUUGGGUGAGAGAGAGAGAGAGACUCCAUUUUCUGGUUCUCUGCUUUUGAUGUGUGGUCAAAUAGUUUCAGUCAGAACAAGAAAAGUCCAUUUCCUGUCCUAGAGAACUAGCUUUUGGCAAAAACAUUUCCUGAGAGAUGUGGCAGGGUAGCCUUGCUACUUUGUCCAAAAGAGGUUACUACUUUUGAGGGGAACUUCUGCCCCCAAGAGGAGAUUUGGGUAAACUGUGUCUUCCCAAGUGCUAUACUAUAAAAUACAGAAGUGUUUGUUACUGGAAUACAUUUAGCUUUUCAUCCCAUCCUUUAAAAACAAACACACCAAGGAUAACUCUCCAUUACAGAAGAAAUAAGAAUUAGUUUUUAACCUUCAUUGGUUUACUGAGACCAGUGUUUCUCAACCUCAGCAACUUUAAGAUGUGUGGACUUCGACUCCCAGCAUUCCCCAGCCAGCCAUGGAGUCGAAGUCCACACAUCUUAAAGUUGCUGAGGUUGAGAAACACUGACUUUGACGGUUCCUGGAGUGUACAUUUUGAAGGUGCGGAGAUUGCUUUCCUAUUUUAGUGCUGCUCCCCUGUCUUUUCACAAAACCUACAGGUUUCUUCAGCUGUGGCUGAUAAAGCUGGUUUAAAGCUGGUUUAUAGCUUGUUGAUGUAGAUAUUAACAAAUAUUCCUAAGUGAUGCAUGCUUGAUUUCCUUGUCCCCCCCCCUCCCCAAAUGGUCCUUUUAAAGUAAUUGGAAUGUAUUUGCUCUAGACAUUUUUCUCUGUGGUUCGCUGUGCGACCACAAAGAAGAUCUGUUUCCUUUUAAGGAAGUAUUUGCCGAUACUGCCCUGUAAACCUUUAAUGAUGGAGCAGAAGGCAACUAUUAAACUCUUGGUUUCUAUUCUAUGCAGUCUAGGAAGAUAAUAUUGGCAGGUCAGUAGAGUUGACAAACUUAGGAGUUUUGUGGGAGGAGAUUUGGGGAGUUUGAAACUGGAAGAUAAAUUCUUGCUGCCUUGGAAGUCAGACUGGGCUGUUAGGAGUCCAUACUGGAUUCGUGUGUUCCCAACUCUGCCUGCAGCUUCUGCAGCAUCUUUUUCUUCUCUUGGUCACAUCCUCUGCAGUUGUGAAUAGUUUGAAAAUCAUGAACCUGUUUCAGAAUUUUCCUUCCCCGAAUAUACCUGUACCAAAUAGCAGUUUCUCUUUGAAUUCACAUACCUAUACAGGAUCUAACAAAAAUGUUCUAUUAGCCCAUUCUCUUCUCUGUAUAUACUUUCUCUCUCUAACACAUAUAUUAUAUAUAUGUUUCAGUAUUGUAAUUAUGUAUACAGAUAUUUGGGAUUUUUUUGAUCUUGUGCUCUUAUUUAAUGGGACAGACACUGGAAAUUAGGAAUCCAUCUUCUCCCCAUGCCUUAUUGUUAUUUUUAACUUUUUUUUAUCACUGCCCCUAAUUUUGUCAAGCAGUAAAUUACAAGUAACAACU